AUGCCACACAGUCUCGAAAUCUGCAGUGUCUUGCUCAUUAUGAGCAACAUCGAUGAAAAUAUGGACGGUGCUGAUGAGAUAGAUGAGGGUGGUCAGGUUCUACAUUUCGAAGGCGACUUUUUUGGUCACUAUACCGAAGAAGACUUUGAAUGGCCAGACGACCAUGGAGUAGUAGAAGGAGACAAGGAUGCAGAUGAGUCAUCGGAUGAGGAGGUGGUAUUUGAUGGCGAAAUAGGGUGGGAGCCAGCAGUUCUUAAUGCACCUGAUGUUGGUGCUCCAGUCUCUGGACCAUCGGAAAUGCCACGUGAGCAUAUCUACGAGGGUUACAGUCAGAAAAUUGCAGGGUCAGAAAACAUUUACGCACCAUUUGAGAGUAAACUCGACUUCGACAUAGCCUUAUGGGCCAAAAUGCGUGGCACAGGCUCUACAGCAUUUACUGAUCUUCUUGCUAUCGACGAUGUACAUGACCGUCUCAGGCUCUCUUAUAAAAGUUCUCGUGAACUUAACAACAUCAUUGAUAAGAAGCUUCCCACCGGUCGCCCGCAAUUUCGCCGCCAGGAGGUUGUGGUUGCCGGAGAAGCUUUUGACGUGUACUUCCGAGAUGUUCUGGAAUGUGUCAAGGCUCUCUACGAAGAUCCAGAAUUUGCACCAUACCUUGUCUUCGUACCUGAAAGGCAUUAUGCAGACAAAGACAAGACAAUGCGGUUAUAUCAUGAUAUGCAUACAGGGAAAUGGUGGUGGCGCACACAGAAGGAAAUCGAGAAAGAAAAACCUGGAGCGACAAUUAUCCCGAUUAUUCUCUCUUCUGACAAGACUCAGGUCACUGUCUUCGGGAAUAAGACAGCAUACCCAGUAUAUAUGACGAUCGGCAACAUACCAAAAGACAUUCGACGGAAACCUUCACGACAUGCCCACAUCCUUUUGGCUUACCUUCCAACUACUCGUCUUGAGCACAUCAAGAAUCGGGCCUCUCGGCGCCGCACUAUCACAAAUCUCUUCCACGCAUGUAUGGGGCACAUCCUCGAACCACUCAAAAGUGCCGGAGAAGAUGGGCUACAUAUGCGUAGUGGUGAUGGCAUCACCCGUCGUGGUCAUCCCCUUCUUGCUUGCUAUGUUGGCGAUUAUCCCGAGCAAAUUCUUGUUUCUGGCGCGAUGACAGGUGAAUGUCCGAAAUGCAAUGUCCCGAACGGUGAGCUUGGAAGUAAAGAUGCCCUAUUCAAGCCACGGGAUCUUGAGAGUAUUCUCGCUGCUCUCAAUAUUGCAGAUGAAGAUCCGAUUGGCUUUGCAGAACGUUGUGCCGAGCUUAGGAUCAAGCCUAUUCAACACCCUUUCUGGCAAGGACUUCCGAAGUCGAAUAUCUUCCAUGCGAUUACCCCCGACGUAUUGCACCAGCUAUAUCAAGGACUCGUGAAACACAUGAUUGCUUGGAUCAAAUCGGCUUUUGGAGAAGCAGAGAUUGAUGCCCGUUGCCGUCGACUCCCUCCAAACCAUAAUAUUCGCAUCUUCAACAAGGGCAUCUCUAGUCUCGCAAGAGUCAGUGGUGCUGAGCACAAUCAGAUUUGCCGCUUUCUUCUGGGUGUUAUUAUCGACAUUCCCCUUCCCAACAACAUUUCAAGCGCUAAGCUUGUUCGAACUCUUCGCGGACUCCUCGACUUCCUGUACUUAGCACAGUAUCCAUGUCACUCAGCGGAGACACUGCAACUCCUCGAUGAAGCUUUGACCCGUUUUCAUGACAACAAAGACAUAUUUGUCACACUUGGCAUCCGAACGCAGUUUAAUCUUCCAAAGCUUCACUCCUACCAGCACUACCUCCAUAUGAUUCAAGAGUAUGGCAUGACUGACAACUAUAAUACAGAAUAUACCAAACGACUUCAUAUCGACCUCGCCAAGGAUGCAUAUCGUGCAACAAACCACAAGGACGAGUACAGUCAAAUGACUCUGUGGCUUGAAUGGCAGGAGAAGAUUCUACGGCACGCCAGUUAUGUUCAUUGGCGCCUCGCUGGUGAUCCAUUGCCGCAAUCGCGUCUACCGCCAGAUAUGCAGUAUGCCAGGGAAUACAAGAUGACGAAACAUCCAUCUGUCAAGGCCGCUACCAUCGACUCCCUUAGAGACGACUAUGGUGCCUCUUUUUUUCGAGCUGCCCUUGCUCGUUAUAUUGUGCUUCACACUCGCCCAGACGCAACAACUCGAGCUCAGGUGGAACAUGCCGCUGGACAUGUAUAUAUCCCCUUCGCCUCGCUUCCUAUUUUCCAUAAGGUCAGGUACAAUGUGGUCGACUCCGCUGGCCAUAAAGAUGAAAGUGUUACCAUUGAUUCAGUUCACUGUCAGCCUGCACGAAGAGAUAAGCGAGGGAAUACCGUGCCAGGACGUUUCGAUACAGUUCUUGUCAACUGUGGCAAUGGGGGAGAGAAGAGUGUGGAAGGUUACCGUGUAGCCCAAGUGCGGGUUAUAUUUUCGAUACCCGAGAAACAUCACGCUAGCCUUUUUCCCUCCCAUAUCUUGAUCCCUAAACAUUUGGCCUACGUCGAGUGGUUUUCGCCAUUCACCGGGACAAGCGAGAGAAAUCAUGGUAUGCACAAGGUCUCGCGAUCAUACGAAAAUGGGGAACAGCUAGUUAGUAUAAUAUCUGUGAAAGAUAUUCGACGCAGUGUACAUCUUAUACCAAAAUUUGGCCGCUCUGCGCCUCGGGAUUGGACUAGCAGCAACGUUUUGGAAUUUGUUGACAACUUUUGAAAAUAUUAUGCGAAUUUCGAGAAAUUUUUGUCGCAUUUGCAAAAUUCCCGCGGGAGGUUUUCCCUGAUG